AUGCGCGGCGUGGCCCGUCCGUACCACCGCAAGCGUACGCGGGAGCGCGGCGGCCGCGACCGGGCAUCUCAGACCCCGGCGUCCAGGCGCGCGGCGCCGACCGUCGCGUGGCCCUCGAGGACGCGCUGGUCGGCGCAGCCGCCGCUUCGCCCGCCUCGAUGCGCCACCGCGUCGUUCCGCCGCCGGGCCACCCACAUCGCCGCGAGCGCCAUCCUGCUCCCCGGCGGCGGCAGCACGGGCGGCCCCGGCGACUGGAAGCUCCCCUUCACCCCGCCCCCGAUGGCGCCGCCGGGCCUGCUCUACCAGCCCUUCCACCCGCCGCCGUCCCCGCUGCCGCCCAGCUACCGCACCCUCGACCUCACCCAGCGCCUCGAGGUCCUCCGCGACCGCAUGGGCCGGUGGUACGAGUACGCGCCCCUCAUCGCCGCGCUCUCCCGCAACGGCUUCACCCCGUCCUCCAUCCAGGAGGCCACCGGCAUCUCCGGCGUCGAGCAGAACUGCCUCGUCGUCGCGUCGCAGGUGCGCGACUCGCUCCUCAGCGAGACCGCCGCCUUCCCGCCCGACCUGCUCCCCUACUUCGACUCCCUGGGCGGGCCCGAGCUGCUGUACGAGCUCCGCUUCCUCAACGCAAAUGAACUGGUUCAACAAGUUAAAAGUAUUUGAUUAAUCCGUCAUUUUCAGUAGUAAAGCUAAUAUACAUGCACUUUAGAAAUCAACAAAUAUUUUGGGAAAGAAAAAAAAUCGGAAGAAAAAAAUUGAUAGAAUGAACACGCCGAACACAUCAGCUCUAUCUUCUGUUGGGCCGCUAGAUUGCUCGAGUGGCCUGUGACCCUGCCGAAAUGUCUCCUGUGCUCUUUGUCUGGCCGGUGGGGCUGCACAACAGCACGCACAGACACAGAGGUGCUCAUGCAGAUAGACCAACAGUCCAACAGGUAACG